AUGGGCUCACUACCAGCUGUUCGUUGCAACCCAGCUCGACCAUUUCUUCAUAGCGGGGUUGACUAUGCUGGUCCAAUUAGCAUAAGGACAACAAAAGGGCGUGGCCAUCGGUCAUACAAGGGAUAUAUAUGCCUCUUUGUAUGCAUGGUCACUCGAGCGCUGCACUUAGAAGCAGUGAGUGACAUGAGCACUCAAGCCUUUUUAGCGGCGUUCAGACGCUUUGUUUCAAGGCGAGGUCAUUGUGCCAAACUGUGGAGUGACAAUGGCACUACAUUCGUAGGUGCCUCCAGGGAGUUACAGCAGUUGACAGCUAUUCAGUCAUCAAUAGCCGAACACCUCGAAACGAAUGGUACAGAGUGGCAUUUCAUUCCUCCUCACAGUCCCAACUUUGGUGGACUUUGGGAGGCAGGAGUGAAAUCUACAAAAUUCCAUUUGAAGCGAGUAAUCGGUGAAGCGACUCUCACCUUUGAAGAACUGACGACACUCCUCAGUCAAAUAGAGGCGUGUUUAAAUUCGCGACCUAUGAGCACAAUUAACGUUGAUGAUCCUGGAGAACCACUACCAUUAACUCCGGGACAUUUUUUGAUUGGAGAACCAUUAUUAAAUGUUCCUGAUACUGAUUACACAAACACCAAUAUAAGUUAUUUAUCUCGCUGGCAAUUAAUUCAACGCAUUCUUCAGUCAUUUUGGAAACGUUGGUCACAAGAAUAUCUUGUAACGUUGAUGCAUCGCUACAAAUGGUCGUCCCAAGUUUCUGAGCCAAGGGUUGGUGACAUUGUGCUUGUCAAAGAAGACGACUUACCGCCAAGUCGUUGGUUGUUAGGUAGGAUCAUUGAGAAACAUCCUGGGGAUGAUAAUAUCACCCGUGUUGUCACGUUACGCACUAAAUCCUCAACAAUCAAAAGACCAACAUCCAAAUUAUGCAUUUUACCCGUAAGUCAAUAA